CUGGCUAACUCCUUAUAUCGAACCGUGUUCAAGCGGAAUUCCGUCUUUGUGUCAACCGUAUUUGCCGGAGCCUUUGCAUUCGGAAUUGGGUUCGACCUCGGUAUUUCAAAGAUAUGGGAUACUUGGAACCAAGGAAAACAAUGGAAGGAUAUCCGAUCGAAAUAUGUUGAA